CGCCUGACCAAACACACCAAGUUCGUGCGGGACAUGAUCCGGGAGGUCUGCGGCUUCGCGCCCUACGAGAGACGCGCCAUGGAGCUGCUCAAGGUCUCCAAAGACAAACGUGCUCUCAAGUUCAUCAAGAAACGGGUUGGCACUCACAUCCGGGCCAAGCGGAAGCGGGAGGAGCUCAGCAACGUCCUGGCAGCCAUGAGGAAAGCUGCUGCGAAGAAGGAUUGA